UGACCUGAGCCUCACACAAAAGUAAUCGCACGCGCGUAUGCACAUCAUAUAUACAUGUACAUAUAUAUAUAUAUAUAUACAUAUAGCAUACCCAUACACUAAACGCCUUGUUGUCAUCUUCCUGCAUUUAGGGGACAAUUUCUUGGCGGUGAAUUUGAAGUGUAUUGUUUGUGUAACAAAGCGCAAGUUAAAUUGACGCGUGCCUUUCAAAAACAGUACAGUACUUCGCCCAGAUUUAACCACGUCAGACAUAUUGCUGACACAGAGAACAAAUAGUGGUUUCGGUCUAGUCCCAUUAGUGAAGAUGAGCGAGCCAACAUUUGCAGACAUCUCCGCCAAAUUCAACGUGAAUACUCUGGAUGAGAUCAUCCAGAAUGCAGGCGGCACCAAACAUACCUCCUAUAAGUUUGGUGAGGGCGGCAAGAAGGGUGACUCGUACUUGAGUCGCGUGUUCCGCCUGUGCGUCUACGGCAUUAAAGAGCCCGAGAGCAAAGAGCUGGAGGUCAAUGUCAUUAUCAAGGGCAUGCCGGCUAAUUUGCAUCGGCGUCGUCUCUUUCGCUCCACGGACUUCUUCCGCAACGAGAUUCACUUCUACACAAAGGUCAUACCAGCGAUCGAGGCAUUCCAAAACUCGCGUAAACCUAAGCCAACUAAACCCUUCGUGGAGUAUCCCAAGUGCUAUGCGUCCUUGUGCGAUGGCAUCAAUGAUUUCAUAGCGCUGGAGGAUGUCGGCUUCCGUGGCUAUCGGUCGCCCAAUCGCCAGAGCUACAUCUCGCUGGAGGAUGCGCUGCUGACGAUGCGUACAAUGGGUCGAUAUCAUGGCGUUGCAUUGGCUUUUAGGGCGUUGGAUGCAGCCAACUUUGAGAAGGCUUCUGGCGCUCUGGAGGAGACCUAUUAUGGGGAGCACACGCGCGAGUGGUAUCAGGAUUUUCUGGUGCUCGCCCAGAAGGUAGCCAUCGAUGCUGUGGCCAAGACGUAUCCCAACACCAAGUACGAGACGCUGGCGAACAAUUUUUUGCAGCCGCAGUUGUUCGAUGAUAUGAUCAAUCUGGUGUCCACUCGCUCCAAGCUGAGUGUCUUUGGGCAUGGUGACUGCUGGACACCAAAUUUCCUAACGCGCUACAGCGAGUCGGGGGUACCGCAGGAGAUCAUCAUCAUUGACUACCAGCUGGCCCGUUGCGCAUCCGUUGUGCUGGAUAUCACUUUCUUUAUUUACUCCUGCACCAGUCAGGAGCUGCGCGAGACUCACUACGAUGAUCUGCUCCGCGCCUAUUUGGAGAGCGCUCAGGCGCUCAUCAGCGAUCUGGGCGGCGAUGCUGAGUCGAUAAUUUCUUGGCAAUCGCUGCAGGACGAGCUGAUGCAGUUUGGUCGUUUCGGUUGCGGCAUGGGCAUCGAAUCGCUGCCCAUGUCCCUCAUCGAGGACGAAGAGGUGCCCGAUCUGGAUGCCAUUGUCGAGAAUGCUGUGCUCACGGAUGUCUGGAACAUUACGCCCUUCGAGCAGCCCGCCAAACAGCAGCGCAUUGCCGAGAUGUUUAAGCAUGCUAUCGACCAGGGCUACCUCAAGUAAUUGCAGUUCGGCUCCAACUCCUACAACUACACCCAUUUGUGCAGCAAUUCACCACCAGAUCAAAUAUUGACGCUAGCCAUAGAAACUCAAGUACUCACAUUUUUAUACCAUAGUAAUUUACAUAUUUGCAUAUAAACCAAUAAAUAUUUGGACAACUCUAUUUCACAGUUGUCUGUUAUUAUGUAAAUA